UCCCAGUGGUGUCUAAAAGUGAAUCCUGUUUGUGUUUCUACAUGGUCAAUCAUGGAGGAAGAUUCAGCAUUGGAUGCCUCUGGCUACCUGUUUGAAGGGGACCUGGGCAUGCAGGCCUCCACUCAGCUUCAGGACCCAUCCUUCCUCUCCUCCUUUAGCCAACCGGAAAAGAACGUCAGGGAGGAUCUGGAUCUCCGCUUCCUGCCUGAUGAUCUGCCGGAAGAGACCAGUGGAAACGCUGCUUCUAAUGCUAACGUGACACAAAACAGUGGCGUCUUCAAUGGCUAUAGACAAGAGGAGUCUGCUGAGACUGACCCUAAAAAGGUGGCCAUGCUGGGAGCCUCUACCUUCUGUCCCAUGACUCCAGUGGCUGAGAGUUCUGGAAUCAUCCCCAUGUUACAGAAUAUUGUAUCCACAGUGAAUCUGGCCUGCCCACUGGACCUGAAAUCCAUCGCUCUACAAGCCAGAAAUGCUGAGUACAACCCCAAGCGUUUUGCUGCCAUCAUUAUGAGAAUACUGGAGCCUAGGACCACAGCGCUCAUCUUCAGCUCUGGAAAGAUGGUCUGCACAGGAGCCAAGAGUGAGGAGCAGUCUCGCCUAGCUGCCCGCAAGUAUGCUCGAGUGGUGCAGAAGCUGGGCUUUCCAGCAAAAUUCCUAGACUUCAAGAUACAGAACAUGGUGGGGAGCUGUGAUGUCUGCUUCCCCAUCCGGCUGGAGGGUCUGGUGCUGACUCAUCAGCAGUUCAGCAGUUAUGAGCCAGAACUGUUUCCUGGUUUGAUCUACCGCAUGGUGAAACCACGUAUUGUGCUACUGAUCUUUGUGUCUGGAAAAGUGGUUCUGACAGGAGCUAAAGAACGUGGAGAAAUCUAUGAAGCCUUUGAGAACAUCUACCCCAUUCUGAAGGGAUUCAGAAAGCAAUGAAGAAGUGCAUUCGCUGAUUUGUGUGAAGUCAAUGAAAGCAGUUGAUGCACUUAAUCUUAAUUUCUGUUAAAACAUAACUGCGUCCUAAAUUGUUACAUUUUGUGUGUUGCACUUGUGGGAAGUGUGUAG